AUGGAGUUACACAGCAAAAUGAAAGGUUGGAAUGAUUUGCCAUUUGAAAUGAAGUGCGAAGUGUUCAAAUAUAUGGAGAAAAAUGAUCGGUAAACAUAACAUAGCUGGAAAUAAAAUAAAAAAUAUUGAUCUUUCAGUUACCAAUUAGCAAAAUGCUCUUUGCGAUGUUUGGAAGAAGUUCUUCACGAAGAGAAGGAUAUUUUAACCGUCGCACUUGAACGAAUUCAACGCUCUCGUGAAAAUCACCUCAUUUUAACAAUUGAUAAUAAAAUAAAACUGAAUUUCGAGCAAAAUGGAAAGUUAUGCAAAAUUCAAUGCGAAGAUGAGAUUAUUUGGAAAGGUGUUGGAAAUGGAAAAACUAUGGCUUAUAAAUUUUGCGAAAGCAUUUUGGCGAAACAUAAAAAUCAUCUGUACAGUUUGAAUUUGUCAAAAGUGAGUGAAUUUCACGGUUGUUCCACCGAUAUUUGUUUCUUUUUCAGGUCGAUUUUAUGACCCGCGAUAAAUCAAUCGAUAAUUUUCCGGAACUCGGACAUUUCACAAUCACUACUAAUAACAAAAAACAAUUAUAUUCAUUUCUUUCGAAAGCUGAGAAUCUGGAAGAUUUGACAGUGAACUUCAGAGAUUUCGGAAACACGGAAAACACGGAAAAGGUUGGACUUUGAAACUUAAUUUAUUGAAUUUAAAAAUACAAACAUUAAUUUUAAGGCAAAAUCUACGGAUAAUUUCCAAUUAGCUAAAAUUAAUUGUUUGGAACUGGUUUCGAACAAUGCAAAUGUUGCAUUGAAUAUUAUUGAUAAAAUUGACAUACAAGAAAACAAACAUUUCGGAUUUGCCAGUGUUUCGAUAAUUGAUGAAAAACUUGCUGUUGUAGACGACAAAUUGAUGAACUUUUUCAAAAAGUUUGGAAGUUUGACGACGAAUUUGAUUCUGACAAAUGAUCAAUUUAUGGAAUUGACGAGUUCUGUUCAUAAAUUGAGUUGUGAUGCUGCCAAUAUAGAUCCACACACAAUUGUUGGUGUUCUUGAAAGAAGAACGAUGCAUUUUCUCGACUUAAACAAUGUUCAUAGCGGAAUUCUGGAGUAUAAGAAGCGCUUGAAAUUGGUUCCGAAAAAAGAGAUUUGGGGUGAAAUUGUGCCAAAUGAAUAGUAAGUUUUGAUACAUUUUUCGAAGUUUUACUUUUUAUCAAAAUUCUCCUAAAAUAUAUUUUGAUUUUUCAGCAUCUUCGACUGUCCUUCCAUUCAAGGCACAUAUGAUAGUUCUACUGGUAGAUUGAGUAUCAAAGCUAUGAUAGUUCUACUGGUAGAUUGA